UAUUAAGAUAUCUUCUAAACACAUUUAUUAUGAUUCACACUUCACACCUUUGGGAUUUCAUUAUAAAGUUUUGGGAAGAUUAACAUAUUCUCUUAUUUCUUGAGAGUAUAUUUUAUGAUUAGCUCUCCUAUGAGCCCUCAGGGAGCUAUAACCUAAUAAAAUACUUCUUUGGCAACUUCACAAGCUGAUCAGCAUUUCUUGUUUGUUUGUUUUUUUAACAUGCCAGGAAACACACAUGCCAUUAGGAGUUAUAUCAAGUUUUGAGUAUUGGAUUAAAGGAGCAGUUCAGAAGGGUAAAUAACAAAAGACAAUCUUUCAAAUCAGUAGAAAAUGGCAUAUGCAAUUAAAACAAAUUUUUAAUCAUGUGCUAAAUUUAGGUUUAUUUAGAAAUAACAAAGCAAAUUUCAUCAGUGUAAAAAUAAUGAAGGAUUUGGGGUUUGUUUUACAAUGGUUUGUGUAGCUACUGUAAUACACUGAUUGUAAUACUUCUUGUCUGACUACAAAUUUUUAUCUCACUCCCCAAAUUUGAAAUUUUAGAAAUGCUCAGGGAAUAUGGAAAUACUGGAAGAUUCACACAUGGAAAUGAGGAUCAACACGUCUUACCAACUUGCUGCUGUGCAGCUCUGUUUUGAGAAUGUGAAUGGAUCCUGCAUCAAAACCUCAUAUUCUCCCAUACCUCGAAUGAUUCUGUAUGUGUUUUUUGGCUUUGGUACUGUGCUAGCAGUAUUUGGCAACUUGCUGGUCAUCACUGCCAUUCUUCACUUUAAGCAGCUACAUACACCUACAAACUUCCUCAUUGCUUCCUUAGCCUGCGCUGACUGUUUGGUUGGACUCACUGUGAUGCCCUUUAGCAUGGUGAGGUCAGUGGAGAGUUGUUGGUACUUUGGGGACAGUUAUUGUAAAUUUCACACAUGUUUUGAUGGGUCAUUUUGCUAUGCUUCUCUCUUCCAUUUGUGUUUCAUCUCCAUUGAUAGAUACAUUGCUGUCACUGAUCCUCUGGUCUAUCCAACAAAGUUCACAGUACCCAUUUCAGGGAUAUGUAUUGCUGUGUCCUGGGGUUGUUCAGUAACAUAUAGUUUUUCUCUUGUGUACACAGGAGUCAAUGAUGAUGGGUUAGAGGAUUUGGUAAUUGCUCUCACUUGUGUGGGAGGUUGUCAGGCUGCAAUGAAUCAAGACUGGGUUCUCUUUGGAUUUCUUUUGUUCUUUAUACCAACAAUUGCCAUACUCAUUUUAUAUGGUAAAAUUUUUUUGGUAGCUAAACACCAGGCUAGAAAGAUAGAAAGUACUAGCAGUCAAACCCAGAACUCUGCAGAGAAGUAUAAGGACAGAGUGGCCAAACGAGAGAGAAAGGCUGCUAAAACAUUGGGGAUUGCUAUGGCUGUGUUUCUUGUCUCUUGGCUGCCAUAUUUCAUUGAUUCAUUAAUUGAUGCUUAUAUGAAUUUCAUAACUCCCCCUUAUAUCUUUGAGAUCUUACUAUGGUGUGUUUACUACAACUCAGCUAUGAAUCCCUUGAUCUAUGCUUUCUUUUAUCCUUGGUUUCGGAAAGCAAUUAAGCUAAUUGUGAGUGGCAGAGUCUUGAGGAAUGGUUCUUCAGAGAUGAAUUUAUUUUCUGAAAAAGCAGAAAUACAUAAAUGAGAAAGGUUUAUAAUAUCAUUCUUUAUGUCUAGAUCAUUAGUACAGACUAAUAUGGAUUGAAAAUGAAAGGAAAUGUGGAAUCUCUAAUGGGCAAUUCAAGAAAUGAAAUAUAUUUGUUAAAUUCAUAGAAAAUUACAUUCAACUGGUAAUAAUUCUGACAUUUGUUGCCAUCAUAUGCUCAGACAUUUUCAAAUUAAUAUCAGAAGUAGAUAGU